UGCGGGAAGUGUGAUGUCAUGUGUCACUGACCUUACUGCCGCGGAUACAGUAGGAUAGCGCAGAUGUGUCACGUGUCAUUGUUGUAGCGUUCUACUAUUAGUUAAAUCCGGGACAUUAUCUUAGUUUUGGAUCUACAGCUUCUGCCCUAUGUCCAGAGAUUUGUCUCCACCAUGAUUAUCCCAUCCAUUAAAGGAUAAGCACUAUUAUCUGAAAGUUAAAAAGAAGAUUGAGUAGAAUAAUGUUCAACUCACAACGUGCAUUCUGAAGAGACCACAACAUGGAUUUUCCAGGUAUUAAAGAAGACUGUGAGACCUUCCUUGGUUUGUUCCAGGCAACCGACAGUGUGCGCUUUGAGGAAUUUUUAUCGGUAUGGAAAGGGAUCAAAUUUAGCACCAUAUACCAUGGUGGGAUGAGGAAUCUGGAGUGUAACACGUUCACAAGGGAAUUAUUUUCAGUUGCUUCAACCUAUUUCCUUCCGCCCUACACGUUUCAGAUCAGAGUGGGUGCCAUGUACUUGCUGUAUGGUCUAUACAACACUCAGCUGUGUCAGCCCAAACAAAAGAUCCGCAUAUCCCUGAAGGACUGGGCUGAUGUAGAACAAUUCCAUCAGGAACUGAUCGGCGCUGAGCAUUUGGACGCUGUGUACGUCUUUAGACAGAUGCGUCGCAUGCGGGCCUUUUAUUUUACUGGGAUGCCCACCAUGCUGACCUUCAGGUCACAGAAAAGCAUCCAACCUGAACCAAGCAAGGAGGAAUUUAUAGAGAAAAAGGAUAGAGUGUCUGAUCUCGUAACAUUAGAAUCUUUGGAGGAAAUAAUGAAUAUUCAAGAACAUUACCAGAAAACAAAAUGUCAUGUCUCUGAUAAAUCUGCUCCCGAUAAAACUCUCAGUUUGAUAAAAGAAGAUUUUACGGAUAACCUGCAAACUUUAUUGGAAGGAUAUCAGUUCUGGAAGCAGCAAAAAAUGGCACCAAAAACCAAAACAGAUGAUGAAGAAGGCACGUCUCAGGAGUCAGAGGGUUCAGAGAGAGCAAGACAUUUGGCGCAAAUAAAAUCUAAAACCUACAAUGCGGUGACACAGGCUGUCAGAUCCAGACGUCACCGGCAGGUUGAGUUGGUGACGGCGACUUCUGCUGAGACUGAGGCACGUGUUCCGAUCACUAGAGCGGAGAGAGAAAGAUUGAGGAGAGCCAAAAAGACGGCUGAGCGAGAAGCAGCAAAAAAGGCUAACAUGCUGCUGCCUCAAAAGAAACCUGGAAAGAUGCCAAUGAUUCCAGAGGAGAAUUCCUCAUCCAGCAGUGAAGAUCUUCCCGCUUCAAAGAGAGAGAGAAAAGACUAAAAUUCCAUGAUCCUGACUGCCAAGCAGGAGUUAAUAGAGUUAUCCCAUGAAUCAAUUUCAUACCAGAAGUCCUGAAAUGCUGUUAAUAGCUGUUUUAUAGUCCUUGUAGCAUACAAGACCUUAUCUGUUUUUGCUUUCAUGUAUCCCCCUUUGUGCUGCUGAUCUGUUCUGUUCGGGGCAGGCUCUAGACGAAAUCUGUCUCCUUCUCCUUCUGGCAGCUAACAAUAUGGCCCCUUCUUCCUUUGGCUAAAGAUAUAUAUUGUUGAAGUCAACAUAUAUACUGUGUGAUAUCCACAAUAUGCACUCCCAAAAGUAAUAAAAAUAUAAUGGUAAAAGCUUAGUGGGUAUGUGCAGCAUUAAUAUCACUAUGCUGAGACCUGGCUGUCGAGAGGAGGGAGUGACUGAGCACGUGCGGCCUCCAGCAUUUCGCCCAGUAGGUGGAUGUGCAUAUAAUUUUAUACUUUGAACACUAGGUGGCGCCACACUGUGUAAGUAAAUAUAAUUUCUCUUCACUUGGUCAUUUUUGUAGCCGCAUAUAAAAAGCAAAUGUUCAUUUUUAUGAUCUCUACAAAUGCGUAUGAUAUUUAAUAUGGGACAACUCCUUUAUACACUGUACAGGACUACAUGUAAAUAUGUGUAUAUAAAUGUUAUAGAUUUCAUACUGUUUAUUGCAGAAUAUUUUUAUUUUUCAGGAACAAUAAUUUGACUGCUUUUGUUACUGCAUUAAUAAUAAAAAAUAAAAAACUUGUGAAAUUGACUCAUUUGGAUAUUAAAGGGGUAAUCCGCUGUUCAGCGUUUGGAAAAAAAACUGUUCCGAACGCUUGAGCCGGCAGCUUGU